AUGGAGAAACUCAGGCUCCUCAACCCUGACAUUCUCGAAUUGGUGCUAUCGAAGCUGCAGACUAAGGAUUUGCUUCGGAUGAAAUGUGUUUCCAAAAGUUGGAGGGAUCUCAUUCGCGAGCGUUCUUUCGCGCUGCGACAUUCGCGGCUGAGGCUGCCGCCGGUGUCCGAAUUCCUGUUCCAAAAGAACCUUGAAUGGGAGGGGUUGGGUGUCUCUGCCGUGAGUUACAUUUCGGCUGAGAGGAAAGAAGUGGAAAAGGGGGUUUUUUGGUUUUCUGGGUGGGUUGGGAUUUGGGGGAAGAAAUGUAUCAGAGGAGACGAACAGAUUUGGUGA